AAAAGUUUUAAAUUUGUGCGCUUCAUUUUAUAAUUAAAACUGAGCUAUUUUGUAAAGUGCGCGAAUUUAUACGAAUGUUUCAAGGAAAACAACCAACAAAUUCAUCAUGGAAUUCAGUCCUCUCAAUGCCCAUAAACACAAUCUGCAAAAGGAAUUGGUAUGCAUAGAAUAUCCUGGGACAGUGCGUAACCCGGAACGAAUGAUGGCAUCUUUCGGUGGAAAUUUAGAACUAAGCACGACAAUAGAAUCGGAAAAACGCAGACUAGAACUGCGCUUCCGGCCGGAAUCUAUGUACGCUAAACCGACUUUCGGAGACCGUCAUACAACGGCCGGCUUGGUACUAAAAAUAAAAACUCGCCGAAAACGCAACCAACCGAACGAAGUUCAAAUCAGUUCGAUAGAAAUAGCUGGCCAUGUCAACUUGGUGUAUCGAUUUGAGAGCAUGUGCGACUUUCAACUACUUCCAGCACUGCCCAACUCAGCGGGAGAACUAGAAUGUACCUACGAUAAGCUAGUUCCCAAAGGAGUUAUCACUAGCAUGCCGAAAGAAAAUGAUUCGAAUGUUCCUUAUUUUUUACCCCCAAUUUCGUUCAGUCGGUAUGAUACCGCUCAGCUUUGCAUUUUUAAAUCCAAGGAAAAACCUCCUAAUAAAUUAAGCCGAGGUGAAAAAUGUCGGCCUAGUCGAACGAAGCAUGGCCUGUACUUGCAAUUCAACAUGACUGAUCAAUUACCAACUGGCCCUAAUCCCCUAGCUGCACAGGCUAUGCAGCAAAGACACAUUCAACAGGAAACAACACGCCUGAUCAGCAAUAGCUUUGAAGAACGUCCUAUUUGGACUAAAGCAGCUUUGAAAGGGGCUUUGCAGCUAAGCGAAGACGACGUACGCUACAUAUUGCCGGUUAUGGGACUAUAUUACCUUAAUGGUCCGUGGCGUGGAACUUGGGUACGUUUUGGAUACGACCCUCGUACCCACUUCGAAGCUCGGUUUUAUCAGCUGUUGGAUUUUCGCGUUCGUGCUAUCGGUGCAUUACAUGAUAAAAUUAAAGUGAAACGAACGCAAAAUCCUACAAAACCUUGCAUGCGCUUUGCCAGCCCAUCUACUAAUACUCGCGACCCAAACAAAGAAAGCCUUUCUCGAACGGCAGCCUCACAAAGCAGUGCAGUAUUUACAAUGGAUACUUUGCCGCAGAUGAGAAUAAUUUUCUACCAGUACUGUGACGUCAAGGUUCCACGGAUACAGCAGAUGCUGGAAAAGAUUCCAACUCCAAUGACCGGGGUAACGUGUAACGAGAAAACGGGUUGGUUACCACCUCGUUUCGACGAACAAUGCAGAGAUAUUCUGACGGAUAUAGUAUUGACUAACUUUCGCAAAGCAAAGGAAACCGAUUCUACUACUAGCGAGUUCGAAGAAACUGAAGGAGACGAAACGGAAAUUACUUUCGAUGAGGAAGAUGACGAGAAUGAGUAUGGUGAUAUGGAAGAUUUAGAUGAAAAGGGAUUCUCCGAAUUUGAUUAG